AUGCCACUGGAAGAGGUCAGCAUUAACAAGGAACUCAUGUCAGAUAUGAAGGAAAAUCUCGCGGAACAAAAGGUGGCAUCUCCAAAGGAAGCGCGUGAAAUGGAGGAGGAUGAAAUUUUGUUGGCCGAAAAUCCGAAUCGUUUUGUCAUAUUCCCGAUUAAAUAUCACGAUAUCUGGGAUUUCUACAAGAAAGCUGUUGCUUCAUUCUGGACCGUUGAUGAGGUUUAUUUCCUUAUACAGCAGUAG